GUUACAGAGGACCUAAUAAAAAAUUCUAAGACUGGAACUCCAAGCGUCGAAGUCCAGUUGAAUCGAUGAGGUUCGGCUUCAGCUAAUCCGAGCACUUUCCAUCUCUCCAAGUUCUAAAUCGGAAGAACCCCAGGUUCCGAAGCCUCGACUCGUCGACGAUGUGGAUGACAUCAUCCCUACCGCUUCUUCCUAAUCAGCAACAUCACCCAUUACAGCUGCCUUAUUCUGUCUCCCACGCCUUCUCCUUCCCCGCGCCCUCCACGACCUCCGGCUUCGCCGCACGACAUAACCCUAGCCUUACCCCACAUGGCCCUCGCCUUCAGCUCGAAAACAUCUACCAGCACCCGUCGGUCUCCAUUUCGUCGUUACACCACAUGGCCCGCUGCUACGAGAAUUCCGAUGGAAGUUGCUAUUCCACAUCUUCAGGAAGGAGAAUGCUUUUAUUUAUGACCUCAACAUCCUUUUUGUUUCCUCCACAUGCUUUGCCAGAAACGUUACAUGCAGCCAAGUUGUCGACUAUUCAAAACAGCUUGAGGGCUGUCUUGUCCAAGGCUAAAGCUGCUGGUGUGCUUCGCAUGGCUUUCCAUGAUGCUGGAACAUAUGAUACAGAGGAUCACUCAGGUGGCAUGAAUGGAUCUAUACUUUAUGAACUUGAUAGACCUGAAAAUGUUGGUCUUAGUAAAAGUUUAAAGAUCUUGGAGAAAGCAAAGAGGGAAGUUGACGAAAUUUGCCAAGCAUCUUGGGCGGACUUCAUUGCGGUGGCUGGUGCUGAAGCAGUCUUUCUAUGUGGAGGUCCAGCAAUUCCUGUUAAAGUAGGCCGGCUAGAUGUGAGGAACCCUGAUCCCGUGGGGAAACUUCCCCAAGAAACAUUGGAUGCUGUUGGUCUAAAAAGCUGCUUUCAGAGAAAAGGCUUCUCGUGA